ACAAGGCAUUAUAUUCGUGUGAAAAAAAAAUAACUUCGCCGCUUCGCCAUACAUCGAUCGGGGCAACUCCUUUGUUCGAACUACCUGGACCGCCAACACCAUUGCAGCAGCUGCAGGUUGUUGAAGAGCGCACGCUGAUACGAUGACGAGAUUCAACACCCCUCCAAUACUUUCACAAAUACGAGCCGCAAGGAGUUACUUGGAGCAGGCUGCUGCUCUCCGUUUGCUGAAGGAUGAUAUAAUCGGGCACGUCAACCGGAAAGAGGAAUGGAUUCAAAAUGGUAUCCUGGAGCCGCUGGUCGAGAUCCUCCGGGGCAGUGUUCGAUCGCCGACAGGGUCGACAGGACAAGGGCAGAGUCAAGCAGAACAGUCAGACGGACUCUCAGAAGAGGAUGAGGUGCGUCUGCUUGCCUUACAGAUCAUUGCUAGCUUUGCAUAUGGCAAUGCCGCAUUCCUUGCUCCCCUACAUGCCGUCGACGUAAUAUCGGCCAUUGUCCCGACCUUGUCACCGGCGAAUUAUCCCCCGCCGGUCGUGUUGACAGCGUUACGGGCCUUGAGAAACAUCGCUGCGUCCGCCGAGCUUGCCGCUGCGGGCGCCAACGACAUCGCUGUGCUGUCUAACGCCCUGUUUUCCUCUAACUCCCUCGCCGCUCUAUAUGCCAUUCUUUCCCAGGAAUCAGCCGAUGCCGUGGUACAGGAACAGAAACGGCUGGUGGCGAGCCUCGUCAGCACGUUAUGCAGAGACCCAAAACAUCAAAAUGCUCUUGCCGACGCCGGCGUGCUAGAUGCCCUCGCCACCAUAUUGGCAAGCUUUGCUGCGGCGAGAGGCGAGGUCAUUCCGGGCGCUGAAGUGAUCGGGCAGCGCGACGGUUUGGCCCAUCUGAUACCAGCUCCGGCAGCACCCAAUGCCGAUUUGGCUCUGACACUCGCGGCCCUGUCCGCCAUUGUCGCAAAUUCGCGUUUCCGCUCAUAUAUGCUGCUGUGUUCUCCAGCCAUCCUGGCCGUCUUCCCACCCGCCGAGUUCUCGCCCUUAGCCACACAUUUGAGGGCGGCUUGGGACGCGCUAGAGGUGAAUGGCUUUGGCAGUGUCCGUAACAGAGACCCUGGGGCCAUGGACUACCUGAUCCCCGCUGUCCCUAUCCCUUCGUCCAUUUCUCAGUCUAGGGGUUUCGGCGAUUAUCCCCCUCUAGGUUUCUCUGUGUCCCGCGACAAUCUUGCUACUGGGAGCCGGACCUCGACGUUCCGGUUUACUGGCGUGGACUCGAGUCGUCCACAUGUUUCCGGUGAGGACGAGGAGGCCGACGAGCCCGAGAGCCCACUGAUUCCGUGGCUCAUUCACCUCGUCCGGUCAACUAACGGCCUAGCGAAGGUCAUGGCUGCUUCCUUAGUCACAUCGCUAUUCAAGGCAGGCUUUGCAAGUCCAGAACGAGAACAGAUGCUGGCUGUGCUCGUCGUUCCGCCACUUUGGCACCUUAUGAAGGAGCACGAUAAGGAGAUCCCUGCUUCUGUCCAGCAGGCCGCCUUCAUCGAGCCUGGUACGGCCACGGACUGGGCGAUCAUGGAACGGACGAUAGAUGUCCUUGCUCGGCUUGUCGGGGAGAGCAACGCUUUGCAACAAGCCGUACAUGACUGCGGGGUGAUCAAGAUGCUUGCAAAGCUGCUCAAGGAGUCGUGCGAACCUCGACCGGCCCAGUUUGUUCCGCGCCUAUGGUCAGCCAAACCCAUCUCGGCGGCCGAGUCUGAAGAAGGCUCGCCCGCUUGCAGACUCGGACCAGCCGGCUUACUUCCGGCAUAUGCUCACAGGAUCAGAAUGCGAGAAAGUGCCCUGAAGCUUGUGGCGUCAAUGGCCACGCUCAGUAACGACUAUCGUGAGGCGCUCGCUGAGGCGGACGUCGUACCAUACAUCAUGAAAUCCUUGUCGCCAUAUCCCGGGAAUUCAAAGGAGGCCAAAGAUCAGCCAUCAUCAGAGAAGGCGGCUGACAACGGCGAUUCCGGGAAACUCUCGGCCCAGGACCAUAACCCCAACUCUGUCAUCGUCGCAGCAUGUCACGCUAUCAGAGCACUGGCACGGUCACCAAAGAUCGUCCGGACUACACUGCGGGAUCACGAUGCCGCCGCGCCCCUUAAUCAGCUGCUGAGGCACCCUGAUGCCGAGGUCCAGAUCGCUGCCUCUGGGGCAGUCAUCAACAUUGUUACUAGUCAUAACGACGUGGUGGCAGCUCUCCUUGACCUCGGUCUCUACAAGACGCUUUGUGAACACGCGCACUCCCUCAAUCCCGGGUUGCGGCUUAACGCGCUGUGGGCACUCAAACACUUGGCGCUCAACCUGGAUAACACCGCCAAGAAAGCAUGCCUCGAAGAGCUCGAGCCAGGCUGGCUCGUCCAGCUCAUCAGCGACGAUGCAUCCGACGAAGAGGGACUUGGCAAUAGGUCACGGUCAGAACGGCGGUCCACGGACGCAGACGAGGACGAGGACAUGGAUGCGGACACACCCUACGAGGGAGACGAUGAUGCACAGCGCGCCUGGACCUGGCCUGCCCUCACCCACAACCCCGGCCUCUCGGUCAACGCCUCGGCGCGAUUGCAACAAGCCGUGGCCAAGCUCACGGCGCUGCGCGACGCCGAGCUCAACCCGGCCCGCAGAGCCCGGGCGGACAGCCUGGCCAUCCAAGAACAAGGGCUCGGGUUCAUCCGCAACCUGCUCAUGAUUACGGACCCUUCCGGCCAGGCCGACAUGGUGGACCACCUCUUUACCGAGAUCGGGCAAGACCGACUCUUUGCCAUCCUCACGGACAAGCUCAAGGUGCGGGUGGUGGGCGCGGCCAACCGGCGCGCCUCCUCACGCGACGCGCUGGUGCUGUACCCUCAGGCGCGCAUCGUGGAGAACCUGGCGUACAUUCUCGUCAACAUGGCGGCGGGGGCGCCGCGGCACCGGCAGUUGGUGGUGGCGCAGACGGAGCUGCUCAAGCUGCUCGGGGGUCACCUCAGCAGCAAGGACCGCGGGGUACGCAUGGCGCUGUGCCAGCUGCUGGCGAACCUGGCGUGGGUGGACUGCGAGAGCGACCGGGCGCCGUCGUCGCAGCGGACCGCCGAGCUGGAGCGGCUCGGGUUCUUGGCCAAGCUCGAGGGCAUGGAGGCGGGAGAUGCGGACUUUGGGGUCAGGGAGCGUGCCAAGGCGGCCGUGUCGCAGAUGAAAGCGCCGACCCUGUAGGUGAGGGGGGCCACACGACGGACGGACCCGGCUGGCUAAGCGACAGACGACGGCGGUGACGCCGCCGCCGCCGCCGAUGACGAUGUUGAUGAUGGUGAUGAUGACGCACGAUGGACGACAACAACGAGCAUGACUACUAACCACGAGGAGUGCUACGAUGUGCGGGGUGUCGCGCUCAGGCGGCGAGGCAAGCUUUAGGGGAGAGAGGGUUCUUUUGUGAAGUUCGUAAGCUUGGCAUGGACGGAGAGGGCUAUCGUGAUAGAUAUGUGGACCUCACCUCCCCCCCCCCCUCCCUCUUUUCUUUUCUUUCCUCUCCCUCUCUCCCCCAAACAAUCUUGGGGCACUACCUUA